AAGAGGAUGGAGUGAGUGAGAUAAAUCCACACUUCUGAUUUCUCACACACACUUUUUUUGAAGGAAGAGGGGGUUUUGGAUCACUGCGCCACAUUACAAGAACACGACUCCCAGUUCAUGUUAGUAGUAGAAGGAAGCAGCAGCCUAUCUCUUUUUACGCACAGCCUACUCCUGUGAAGGCAGCAGCAGCAGUUCAGAUCAGAUUUCACAUUCAGCUCCUACCAGCUGAGAGAGAGAGAGAGAGAGACAGCAAGAGAGAGCAGGAGGGCUCGUAUCUCCGCUUUCCACCACCGAUUCCCCCUUUCUGUUUGCCUGAAAAAGCCCCUACGAGGAAAAACACGGGUGCACGGCGCAAACAUUAAAGCACCACUGGGAUUUUUCCCCUCCGUUUUUUCUUUUUUAUGUAUUUUUGAGGGAUUUAAGCAGCGAAAGCGCCACUCAGAAAGAGACAGAGAGAAGCAGAGAUGGACGAGCAGCCGAGGUUGAUGCACUCUCACACGGGGGUAGGCAUGGCAGGGCACCCCGGCCUGCCGCAGCACAUGCAGGAAGGCACGGGAGGGACGGACGGAGACGGCAGAAAACAGGACAUUGGAGACAUUUUACAGCAAAUUAUGACCAUCACGGAUCAAAGUCUGGACGAAGCUCAAGCCAGGAAACACGCUCUGAACUGUCACAGAAUGAAGCCAGCUCUCUUCAACGUCUUGUGUGAAAUCAAAGAAAAAACAGUGCUGAGUAUCCGCGGCGCCCAGGAGGAGGAGCCCCCGGAUCCCCAGCUCAUGCGUCUGGACAACAUGCUGCUGGCGGAGGGUGUGUCCGGUCCAGAGAAAGGUGGAGGCUCGGCGGCAGCUGCGGCGGCAGCGGCGGCCUCGGGAGGAGCUGGAGCGGACAACUCGGCAGAGCACUCUGACUACAGAGCCAAACUGUCCCAGAUCAGACAGAUCUACCACACAGAGCUGGAGAAGUACGAACAGGCAUGUAAUGAGUUUACCACCCACGUGAUGAACCUCCUGCGAGAGCAGUCACGCACACGGCCAAUUUCUCCCAAAGAGAUCGAGCGCAUGGUGAGCAUCAUCCACCGCAAGUUCAGCUCCAUCCAGAUGCAGCUCAAACAGAGCACCUGUGAGGCCGUCAUGAUCCUGCGCUCCCGCUUCCUCGAUGCCAGACGGAAAAGACGAAACUUUAACAAGCAGGCGACAGAGAUCCUGAAUGAGUAUUUCUACUCACACCUCAGUAACCCAUACCCAAGCGAGGAGGCUAAGGAAGAGCUGGCUAAGAAGUGUGCCAUCACAGUUGCCCAGGUUUCCAACUGGUUUGGGAAUAAAAGAAUCAGAUACAAGAAAAACAUUGGUAAGUUCCAAGAAGAAGCCAACAUGUAUGCUGCGAGAACUGCCGUGAAUGCGGCUAAUGCAUCCUCACAUGGGAGCCAAGCAAAUUCACCCUCAACUCCAAACUCUGCAGGUUCUGCUGGCUCAUAUAACAUGUCAAACUCCGGGGACUUGUUCAUGAGCGUGCAGUCUCUCAAUGGGGACUCGUACCAGGGGGCUCAGGUGGGAGCCAACGUGCAGUCACAGGUGGAUACCCUUCGCCAUGUUAUCAGUCAGACAGGCGGAUACAGUGAAGGACUCACAGCCAACCAGAUGUACAGUCCGCAGGGCAUCAAUGCAAACGGUGGCUGGCAGGAUGCUCCGACCCCCUCAUCAGUGACUUCACCCACAGAAGGACCCGGAAGCGUUCACUCUGACACCUCCAACUGAUCCUCCAAAGCCCCCCGGCUUCCUCCACGUCUUCUGCUUCCUUGACUUCCUCCAUUACAGCACCCCCAGCCACUUCUUCAGAAACUUAAACCCCAUUGGGACUGGGUGUGACGUACUGUAUGUUGUCACUCGGCAGGACACAGUUGGGGUUUGGAAUGACAUUUUCCCCCUAACGGACAAAUAUUUCACUUUUCCUAUCUGGACCAUGGCAGCAGCCUGCGUAGGGGACUCAUAUCCACACUUCACAGUUUGUACAGUUUCCACUUGAUGUCCAUGUUGCCUCUUUGUAUUUUCUUUUACAUUAUAUAUUCACACAGCUAGCAGCAUAAUGCCCCACAUCCUGUAAGUUGAGAUGCUUUCACACUACCUCUAUUCCAAACAACAACAGAAAAACAUUUUAAAUGCUUUGAUUUUAAAUUUUUAUAAUUACUGGGAUCUUUCUGUGCACCACACCAUGCCCUGUCAUUCUUUUUUUUUUUUACAUUUUCUUUAUCUAUAGUGCCAAAGUUCAACCCUGGAGGUGAAUUUUGAUAUUUCAUCACACAUUUUUACUUCUUGCCAUUACAAUGUUCAAGUAUAAUUAUGUUAGUCCGGUCAAGUUAAUCAAGUAAUAUCCAAAUGUUCAACCUCAAUUUUUAUUGUUUGUAUUCAGAACUUCUACAACAGACAUUGACACAUAAGGCUUUUUAUAUCCAUUAGUAGGUUUCCUGCUCAUAUGCAGUACAAUAACACAAAAAUUUACAUUUUUUUACUCAAGCAAUUAACAGAAUGAGCGCAAAGAGGUUGAAGUUUCAUGCAUGUGGCUGCAGCCACGAUACUCAAAGACAAAUUGACUUGAAAUGUAAAAAUCAAUGAAAACAUAAGCAGGAAUUACAGCACGUCAAUAUGUAUUAAAGCACAAUAACACCGAAUGAUUGAGGGUCAUGUUUGUAAAUGUCAAAGAGGAAACAACAGAGGAAUUCUACUAUAGUAGUCGUUUAUGGAAGAAAGAGAGUGUACAUAGGGUACAUUGUCAGACAUCAAUAGUGUGUAUCAGUGAGCUCAUUCUAGCCAAAUACUGCUGGUAACCAAAUCCAAUACAUCUGCUGUGAUUUUGAUUAUAAGGUACAUGUUGCUAAGAUGUCUUUUCUCAUAUCACUGUUUAUGUAUGGAGUUAUAUUUAGGUCAUAAUCCUGAGGACACAAUGCUCAAAUUGAAUUCACAUCACAUCUUCGAAAAUUCUAUGAAUAAUGUUAAACUUUAAUCAGUAGCCCGGGUUUUCAUAUGAUUUAGUGUAUGUAAUGGAGCUGCCUUUAUUUGGGACAUGCAUCAAUACGAAGCAGGCCUUUUAAUUAUUGAAUUUGUGCACAACAGGGGAUAAAUUUAUAUCAGAAAUGAUAAUUAACUGUGAACUAGAAUACUGAUUAAAAAAAUGAAUGCCCAGUGUGCAUAUUCCUCCACCAUGGGCUCUCAAUCAAAACAAUGACAAAGGAUGAUAUCAAGGGUACCACUCAAGGUUAUUAUAGUUAACUUAAACAAACUAAAUCAGAAAACUAAAAUGUUAAAAUAAUUUCAACUGAAACUAAAUUAAAACUGAGCUUUACAUAAAACGAAGACUAACCAAAAUUGUAUUGUUUAAACACAAAACUAACUAAUAUAAAAUUAGGGUUAAAAGUCUCCUUGAUUUUAGUCUUUGACAGCAAUUUACUGACUGACAUAUACACCCAAGCCUUCUCUGGCCCUUUUGGGUCUCACCUCUGACAAUUAUCCUAAAUUAAUGGGGAAAAAACUUAAACAAAUAAAAACUACACUAAAAUGUAGCAUUUUCACAAAAUAGAAACUAAACUAAUAAAUGAGCGUUAACAACAAAACUGAUAUUGAAAAACAAAAAGAAUGUUACCACCGAUCUGAUGAAAAUGAGCUCUCACUGGACCUACUGUAUCUACUGAUUCAAUAGACAACAUGCGCUAAAGUGUUUCUUUCUUUCUCUCUAUCUAUCUAUCUAUCUAUCUAUCUAUCUAUCUAUCUAUCUAUAUAUAUAUCUAUAUAUCUAUAUAUCUAUAUAU